AUGAUAAAGAAUUUUAUCUCAAAUUUCAACCUCCCCACUGGCUCCUCGGUAAAUCUUGUCGCAAGUCUUAACAAUAAUAAUAACGAGAGCAUGAAUGAUGUCUCCACAAGCAAUAUCAACACCAAUGACCUUGCUGCCAGAGAUAAAAUCGUUAUUAAUGUCGGUGGCAUAAAGUAUGAAACAUAUAGAUCAACAUUAACUUCAUAUCCAAACACCUUACUUGGUUCAAUAUUUUCGUGUGAUGAUAAUCGAAAUCCUUUCCUUGACCCAGCCCACGAAAAUGAAUUCUUCAUCGAUCGCGACGGUCACUUGUUUCAUUAUAUCAUGCAAUUCUAUCGUACCGGUAAAGUCCCUACCAUCGACCAAACCGUUGGAUUGAUUCCAAUAACCGAGUCGGAAUUGGAGGACGAAUUGGAAUAUUUCAAAAUUCCGACUUACCCACCAUCACAAUUCUCAUCUGCCACACUUUCUCCAAACCAACUUUCACUGCGUCACAAAAUGAUUGCUGCAGAGAUUGAUUCAUUCACAAAAGUGCUCACCGACACCCUACUCACGAUAUCUUCGCAAUUUAAAAAAGAUUUCUUCUUCAAACGACAGUUCUUGAUUAGAUUCGAUCUCACGUUUCACCAUAAUGAACGCAUAUCCGAUUUUAACAUAAUGCCUAGUGUUAAUGGUGCUUUAAAGCAACAGCUAUUAAAGAACUUUGAGAAUUUUGCGAUGUUGGGCUACGCAAUCUUGGAUAGAUUUGGUGAAGAGAUAGGUAGGUACAUGACCACCACCGUGCAAGGAUGUACCUGGGAAUGUAUCAAGAAUGAAGAUUUUGGUUGGGGUGGCACGCAUCACUCAUACAAGAUUAGAGUCGGAGUGGAGAAUAGUUUCGAACAUGAAGAUGUGAUUGGAAAUUGUUGUCUAGCAAACGUUGGUUCUGAAUCGGGAAUCAUUAGUUCUGCUGAUUCGAUAUUAAAAGAAUAG